AUGUAUUGCAUCACGACUAGUUUGAAAAACGCAUCAUGCGAGGAAAAAUCUCGACAUGAUGCGUUAUUGAAACAGUUAACUAAUAACUACUUGCAAAACAAAGUGGGUUUCAGAUAUUAUUCUGUCAAAAAAACAUAAUUCAUUCGAAAUUUUCAGGUAAAAUUGAUUUCGUUGAUAGUGCAUCUUCUCAAAAUGCCACAUGGGCAAGCUGCAGCCAUUAAUCGAGAAGAGUUUGCCAAAAUCUUCAGAGGUUAUGACAAAGUAGGUUGUGAUGAAACUUUCACAGUAUGUUUAUUUGUGUUACAGGUUUUUGGAUACACGUUGUUUCGUUUGGUCUUCCAUCGAAAAUUAGGUAUUUUGGUUAGAAGUUUGACUAUGGAAUAUAAUAUCUACAUUCCGUCGGCAGUAAUCAAAGCAAGCAUUCCAUGCUUUAACAAAAACCCGGUUGGCAUCAAACUUCUAUUCGAAAAAAUACUAGAUGAUGCUGCUGAUAACAAGGCAAUUGACACUGAUUCUCUUCUUGGGGUUUGUUUUUUUGUUAAGAAUUUUAAAAUAUCGAAAUGCAACAACUUUCAGGAAUUGAUUGCAAUACCCGAAAAGAAAGCGCUACUAGAAUUGAAAGGGUUGCGUUGCAAUGCUGCAGUGGCUAUUGAUUUUUUAUUAACAUGCGGCGAUUCACAAAGUUUCAUAAUGUCGCUAUGGCUGAAGUAAGUUUAAAAAUAACCUCAACUUAGCAAUGUCUAACUGAUUACAGAAACUUGCAAGAGCUCAAAAUGAAUUUGAGCCGUCACGACGAAAAGAUGCUCCAUGACUCGCUGACAAACUUCACAAAAUCGUUGUUUUCAACUUCGUCGUCAAUAAAACUUUGA